AUGCCAUCCACCACUCCGUCGAGCAGCGCGACGGCGCCUCAAGGGUCGAGAUGGAGUCGGUGGGGCAAGGCAGGUUUCGAUAAGGGCAUGAAGCUCAGCGAUUGGGCUUCUGGCUAUGCCAAUGCGGCAUCCGCAAAGAUUGGCGGCGAGCGGUUCUGGCCAAAGUCGAACGACAUGGUGCUAGAGAUCGAAAAGUGCGAGCGGAUACUCCGCGCAUUCACGGUGGAAGGCAUACCUCAGACGGAUGAAAAGGAAGAGGAUGUCAAGGACAGCAAGGGAGGCUGGGUUCGAAAAAAGAGAAAAGUGCUCAAAAAGAUUCCGCCCAACGCUAUCAAACGCGCCAAGGGAGUGUGCAUAUACUCCUCUAUGAGAUCGGGCAUCGCGCCAUUUGGAGGAGCAGGCGGUGCUGGGGUGGUGAUGGCACGCUUGCCUGACGGAAGCUGGUCUGCUCCCAGCGCCGUAUCUCCAAACAAUCUUUCAGCUGGCCUCUUGCUAGGCAUCGACUUUUUCGACGUGGUGCUCCUAAUCAACACGGAAAAGGCAAUGGACAGCUUUAGGACGCACAAGUUCACGGUGGGCGCCGAGACCGCAAUCGCUGCAGGCCCCGUGGGUGCAGGCACGAGUUUGGAAGGCGGCAUGGAGCGCGCACCGAUAUACAGCUACGUCCGGAGUAGGGGCAUGUAUGCGGGCGUAGAGAUGAUGGGUCAAGUCUUCAUCGACCGUUUCGAUGAGAAUGAACGUUUUUACUAUUGGCCUGGCAUCAAAGCCGGUGACAUUUUGACUGGCAAGGUGCGCAUGCCGCCUGCGGCCGCGGGACUGCAUCGAGCACUUCGGGAUGCAGAGGCUGGCGUUGCGCAAGGAGGCGCGCUGGAAAAGACCGUCUACGAUGUCGUGCGCAUCCCCGAGUCGGAGGUGAUGAAGCGACUGGGCCCGCACGCUUCUCGCAAAGCCCGCUCCGCUCCCGCCGGCACGACUGCCUUUGCGGAGACCAGCAGUCCGAGGAGCACAGAUCCCUCCCUUGACGAGGAAUCGCAUGCCCCUUCCACAAGCAGCGUAGGAGGGCAGCCCUCAGAGCAACCAGAGCGUCUGGCGAGUGCGAAUGGUGCAGCAGUCGAUGAGCAAGAGGACGAAGAGGAGGAUUUUGUUCGAGAGGGAGAACGGUUGAGACUGCCGCCAACGCCCCAAGAGCUGGAAGCGCUCGAGGACGCCGGUAUUCCAGACGAGGAGGAUCUCAAAUUCGAGCAGCAGGAACGCGAAGCAGUGUACAAGCUGCCACCUCCGCCUAUUCACCACAAAGUCGCAUUCUUUCUCCGCACGCAGCCGACCAUCGCUUCCAAGCGUCGCACAUCCCAGAUAGACAUGGACGGGCCAUACACGCCAGACUUUAGGAAAGCUCAAUACACAGCUUUGCCGCCCUCGCCCAUCGAGAAACCCAGUGCAAGCGUACCUGCAGCGAGCUCUGAUCACUUGGAUGAGGUGCAAGUAUUAGAGAUAUCAGCUCCUCGCGCAACCGACACGCUCGGUUUGGAGAAGCAUAGUCUGGCUGAGACCGCGCAGUCAGCGCCGCCCUACGAGGCGGCUUCGCAGCCUCAAACUGCGCCAGUCAAUGGAAGCUUUGAUGCUCAACGCGCCCAUGUUGGUGCCGAUGAUCUCAGUCGACCUGCCGGAGAAGCUUCGCCCCGAAAUGUCGUUGGAGAAGGACUGGAUGAAGCUCGAGCGGAUGAGUUGAUCUCUCAUCUAGUCGCAGAGCCGGGAGAGACUCAUGACGCCAAAGACGAUGACGAUGAGUCGGCGCAGGUGGGCCAAGCCAUCGAGACUGCAGGACCGCCGAUGGAUGCAGCGUCGGCAUCGACCGCUGCUGUCUCUCACACUUCACCUGUGCCAAGUCCCUUGACGUCGACCUCGGCUGCCCUGGCUCCUGCAGCAAAUAUCACAGCGCCUUUGGGACACGUUCGCCACGAGUCCAUCAUAUCAAAAGCCUCGUCAUCCUCUCUGCAAGGUGAUGCAUUCGAUUCAGCUGCUCAGAGCCCGGACCCAGAGUAUCGAGCCCUGCAGCCCGAGCCGAAAGAAGACGAGACACCGUUCUAUUCGGUGGACUCGGACGCGGGAGGAUUAGAGCUGGCAGGAUCGACAAAGCAUGGGCAGGCGCUGUCCAGACAACCUUCCAUCAUUGGCUCAAAUCACUCGCACUCUUCUGCUCGAAGCAGCACUUCUCAUUUACCACUUGCGUCUCCAAGUGGUGCGACAACUCCAGCAGCUCAUACACCAGGCUCCAUCGCAACACCACCAGCACGGCCGCCCCGCAAUCGACCUCCCCGCAAUGCGGCUCGAACGCCCGGUGGACCAGCCACGCCAUCCACACCCCUCAGCAACGAAACAGCACAGGGUGCCGCAACGCAGGACAGCAGAGCGACGAACACGUCCUACAGCGCGCUCGCCGUGUCUGAGUCAGACUCGUCCGGUGUAGCGCAUGACGAGGCAUCAGGCUCAAGUGGUGAUGCGAAAUCGCCUGCAAGUAGGCGCAAGCCGCCUCCGCUUCAGUAG